AUGUCUCAGUACGAGUUGAAAGUGGCCACUCGUGGCAACCACGCGGCGCUCCUGCCCGCGGUUCUCAUCGUCACCUCCAUCAAUGAGGCCCGCCCCACCCCCAUCGUCAACAUCACCUAUGAGGACACUGCUCUUCUCCAGGAUGGGGACAAGGCCAUUGUGCAGCUCACCAGUGGCUCCAACUCUGUCUUUGGUACUGCCAAUGUCAUCCAGGAACUUACUACGCACUUCCCUUUCCUGGCUGGCAAGGAUUCCAAGGUGGAGACCGAGUGGAUCUCUCAGUUGGAUUCACUGACCACCUUGGAUUUCAAAGCCAUCGAUCCCGUCCUCCAGCGCCUUGAUUCUCACCUCCUCAUGCGCUCGUUCGUGGUCGGAUACUCUCUGUCUACCCCCGACAUUGCCCUUUGGGGUGCUCUCCGAGGCAACCGUGUCGCCGCUGCCGCCCUGAAGAAGGGAUCCCUUGUGAACCUAACCCGCUGGUACCGGUUCUUGGAGGAGCUUUGCCCCUGGACUACCGCUGCUGUGGAAUCCAUGAACGCAGUUGCUAAGGAGAAGAAGGUGGCCAAAUCCAAGGAGGGUGCCAGCUACGACAUUGCGCUCAAGAACACCGAGAACGGCGUCGUUACCCGAUUCCCUCCCGAGCCUUCUGGAUACCUCCACAUUGGUCACGCCAAGGCCGCUCUUCUCAACGACUACUUUGCGCACGAGAAGUACAACGGUACUAUGCUUCUCAGAUUCGACGACACCAACCCUUCGAACGAGAAGCAAGAGUUCGAGGAUGCCAUCGUAGAGGACCUUGCGCUCAUGGGCAUUAAGCCCAACAAGAUGACGUACACCAGUGACUACUUCGACGAGUUGUACGACUACUGCAUCAAGAUCAUCAAGCAGGGCGACGCCUACGCCGAUGAUACCGAUAAGGAGACCAUGGCUGCCCAGAGAUGGGACGGCUUGCCUAGCCAGCGUCGCGAUCUUUCCCCCGAGGAGAGCUUGUCUCGUCUGGAGGAGAUGAAGAACAGCACCCCGGAGGGUCUUCGCUGGUGCAUUCGUGCGAAGAUUUCCUUCGACUGCCCUAAUAAGGCUAUGCGUGACCCAGUUAUCUACCGCUGCAACCCAGCACCCCACCACCGCACCGGCACCAAGUGGAAGAUCUACCCGACUUACGACUUUGCCUGCCCUAUUGUUGACUCAAUGGAGGGUGUCACCCAUGCUCUGCGUACUAUUGAGUACCGCGACCGUAACCCCCAGUACCAGUGGAUGCUGGACACUAUGAAGAUGCGCAAUGUGCAGGUGUGGGAUUUCGCCCGCAUGAACUUUGUUCGCACCCUGCUCUCCAAGCGUAAGCUGACCAAGCUGGUCGAGACUGGUCUCGUUUGGGGCUGGGAUGAUCCUCGCUUCCCUACUAUCCGUGGUAUCCGUCGCCGCGGUAUGACCAUUCCUGCUCUGCGGGAAUUCAUCCUAAAGCAGGGCCCCUCUAAGGCUGUGACCAACUUCGACUGGGGUCUUAUCUGGGCUACCAACAAGAAGUACAUCGAUCCCAUUGCCCCGCGCCACACUACCAUUUUCAACAAGAACGUUGUCAAGACCACCGUCACCGGUGGCCCUGCUACCCCUUACUCUGAGGAAAAGCCUAGACACAUCAAGAACGCUGCCGUCGGUAUGAAGAAGGUUGUCUACAGUAGCUCGAUCAUCCUCGAGCAGGAGGAUGUCAAGCUUUUCAAGCCUGACGAGGAGAUCACCCUUAUGAACUGGGGUAACGCCAUCGUGCGUAAGAUCAGCACUCAUGCUGAGACCGGUAUCAUUACCGAUCUUGAGCUCGAGCUGCACAUGGCCGGUGAUGUCAAGAAGACCGAGAAGAAGGUUACUUGGCUUGCCACCGAGGGACAGGACCUGGUCCCCGUCGAAUUGGUCGAUUUCGACCACCUGCUGACCAAGGAUUCUCUCGGAGAGGAUGAUGUUCUGGAGGACUUCCUCAACAUGCACACCGAGUUCCGCGAGGAGGGUCUGGCCGACUGCAACGUUGCUGAUCUCAAGGAGAGCGACAUCAUCCAGUUCGACCGCAAGGGUUACUACCGCGUUGACCGUGCUUAUGCUCCUGGUAAGCCUGCGGUCUUCUUCAACAUUCCUUCCGGCAAGACCAAAUAG